CUUUUACAGCUGCUGUUGGUGGCAUCUUUCUCUCAGGCUGAGCAGCCGGUGUGCAGGCAGAGAGGGGAUCCAGAGAACCCUCAGCUAUCUAAGGAUGGCGACAUCAUGUUGGGGGCAAUCUUUUCUUUUCACAGCAGCUGGAAAGACAAACGGGAUGCCUACAUGCACAAACCACUGCCACUGGAAUGCACCAGUUUGAAUUUCAGAGGGUUCCAGUUUGCCCAGGCUAUGCUUUUUGCCAUUGAGGAGAUAAAUAAAGCCACAGACUUACUGCCUGGUAUCUCUCUGGGCUAUGCAAUGUAUGACUCUUGUGGCUCCAUCGCCAGAAGUGUGAGGGUUGCACUGGCUCUGGCAAAUGGUAAUGAAAUUGUAUCUGCCCGCUCUGAAGCACCAUGUACCAGACCUGCACAGAUGCAGGCCAUUAUGGGGGAAACAUCUUCCUCUCCUUGCAUGGCUAUAGCUACUGUCAUUGGGCCAUUUCAUGUCCCACUGAUCAGCCACUAUGCCACCUGUGCCUGUCUAAGUGAUAAAACCAAGUACCCAUCCUUCCUCAGGACAAUACCCAGUGACUACUACCAGAGCAGAGCCCUGGCCCAGUUAGUCAAGCACUUUGGUUGGACUUGGCUUGGAGCUAUUAGAACCAAUGAUGAUUAUGGUAAUAAUGGCAUGGCUACAUUCACCGAAACUGCACGGCAGCUGGGCAUCUGUCUGGAGUACUCUGUGUCUUUCUUUAGAACAGAUCCGCCAGACAAAAUACAAAAGGUAAUUGACAUUAUCAAGGUUUCCACAUCCAAGGUGAUUGUCGCUUUCCUCUCUCACCUGGAUAUGGAUGUGCUAAUACAUGAGCUGUCCCACCACAACUUGACUGGGUACCAGUGGGUUGGCAGUGAAGGAUGGAUCUUUGAUUCCCAAAUUGCAGAAAUGGACAGGCAUCACAUUUUGGAUGGUGCCAUAGGUCUGUCCAUCCCAAAAGCACAUGUCAGUGGCAUGAGAGAGUUCAUAUUGGAUGUGAAGCCACUCAAUUCAUCUAGCAAUGACAUUGUAAGAGAGUUCUGGGAGAUGCUAUUUAGCUGUAAGUUCAAGCGCUCAAAGUCAACAGGGAAUCAGAGAGAAUGUACUGGACAUGAGGAUCUGACUGGAGUUCAUAACAGCUUCACUGAUAUGUCCCUCAUGCCUAUAUUUAACAAUGUCUACAAAGGAGUGUAUGCUGUGGCUCAUGCACUUCAUGGCAUUCUUGGCUGUAAUGACACAUGCAACAACAAGGUGCAGCUUGAUCCCUUCACGAUUUUACAGCGCAUACGAAAUAUUCAGUUCAAAACAAAGGAAGGCGUUGACGUUUACUUUAAUGAGGAUGGCGACCCAGCAGCAAAAUAUGAAAUCAUUAACUGGCAGCCAACAGAAAAUGGCUUUGUGGACUUUGUGACAGUUGGUCUCUAUGAUGCAUCGCUACCGACCGACAAUCAGCUUAAUCUGCAAAAUAAGUCUUUAAUUUGGGCAAAGAACUCAAAACGGGUGCCCGUGUCAGUGUGCAGUGAGAAAUGUCCCCCAGGAACCCGGAAGGUUCUCCAGAAAGGAAAGCCUGUCUGCUGCUUUGACUGUAUAAGAUGUGCAGAGGGAGAAAUAAGCAACAUCACAGAUUCUGUCGCCUGUGUGCGGUGCCAUCCUGAAUUCUGGUCAAAUGAGAGAAGAGAUGCUUGUGUAAAGAAGGAGGCAGAGUUUCUUUCAUAUGAAGAUAUUAUGGGAACACUGCUCACUGCGGCGUCCCUAUUUGGAACAUGCAUGACUGCUUUUGUGGCGUUCAUUUUUUUCAGACACAGGAAAACCCCCAUAGUCAGGGCCAACAACUCGGAGCUGAGCUUCCUGCUGCUCUUCUCCUUGACUCUGUGUUUCCUGUGCUCUCUGAGCUUCAUCGGCCGACCGUCUGAGUGGUCCUGCAUGCUGCGACACACUGCAUUCGGCAUCACCUUUGUCCUCUGUAUCUCAUGUGUUCUGGGGAAAACUAUAGUGGUGUUAAUGGCCUUCAGGGCCACACUUCCAGGCAGUAAUUUGAUAAAAUGGUUUGGACCUACACAGCAGAGACUCAGUGUCCUUGUUUUCACUCUCAUUCAGGUUGCUAUCUGUAUCAUGUGGUUAACAAUUUCUCCUCCUUUUCCAUUGAAGAAUUUUGAAGAAUUCAAGGACAAGAUCAUCCUGGAGUGUGCUCUGGGCUCAGCUGUAGGGUUUUGGGCUGUUCUUGGGUACAUAGGAAUUCUGGCCAUUUUAUGUUUUAUUCUUGCUUUUCUGGCGAGGAAGUUGCCUGAUAACUUUAAUGAAGCCAAAUUCAUCACCUUCAGCAUGCUGAUAUUCUGCGCAGUCUGGAUCACUUUUAUUCCAGCUUAUGUGAGCUCUCCUGGGAAGUUCAGUGUUGCUGUAGAAAUAUUUGCUAUUCUGGCCUCCAGUUUUGGACUUCUUUUCUGCAUUUUCAUCCCCAAAUGUUAUGUAAUCUUGUUGAAACCAGAGAAGAAUACAAAAAAGAAUAUGAUGGGGAAGGUGGCACUGAAAUCAUUCUGA